GAGAGAAGAUCUGUAGCGAGAGCAACAAGACCGGAGGAGUUUUCCACCGAGUUGAAUAUAAACUAAACACGAGGAAGAGUGGACAACUAACCAAAUCAACAACAACAACAACAACAACCGAAGUAGCUGAGAGGAACCUGAAGAAGCCGAGGAGCUUGGAUUCUCUGCGCUUCUGACAAGGACGCGACAGAAAAGACGAGUGUGUCCACAGGAGGUAGCGACCUCUCACCAUGCAGCACUACGGGGUGAACGGCUACUCUCUGCACGCCAUGAACUCCCUCAGCGCCAUGUACAACCUGCACCAGCAGGCCGCGCAACAGGCGCAGCACACGCCCGACUACCGGCCGUCCGUGCACGCGCUUACACUGGCAGAGAGACUCGCUGACAUCAUCCUGGAGGCUCGCUAUGGCUCUCAGCACCGCAAACAGCGCCGGAGCCGCACGGCCUUCACCGCGCAGCAGCUCGAAGCGCUGGAGAAGACUUUCCAGAAGACCCACUACCCGGAUGUGGUGAUGCGGGAGCGGCUGGCCAUGUGCACCAACUUGCCCGAGGCCCGAGUGCAGGUUUGGUUCAAGAACCGCAGAGCCAAGUUCCGCAAGAAGCAGCGCAGCCUCCAGAAGGAGCAACUCCAAAAGCAGAAAGAGGCGUCAGGAGAAGGAGGAAGUGAAAAGGAGGACGCACCUCCCUCCACCACCAUCCUUCCCGACACCCAGCUGCCUCCUCCAUCCUCGUCCUCCUCUUCGUCUUCUCUGGAGACAGACGGUCCUGUGGUCCGUCCUGUGCCGCUUGACAUGGAGCUGAACGUCACGUCUGCAGAACACUCAGGCAGCGAGUCGGCGACAGAGGAUAAUGCCACAGAUAAAGAGGACGAGAGUAAAUUUCAAAGGGAGGAGAUAAAAUGUGAGAGAGCAGUGACACCUGGAGACGUGUCCCCCUGCAAAAGGCUCAGCCCUAAACAAGAUUCCCCCCUGGUCUCUCCAGCCCUGACCCCCUCCUCUUCCAGCAGCGGCCUGGGCAGCAGCGGUCCUCUCCCUCAGAGCCACCCUUACUCUUCCUCCCCGCUCAGCCUGUUUCGUCUACAGGAGCAGUUCCGCCAGCACAUGGCCGCCACCAACAACAUGGUGCACUACCCCGCUUUCGACCUCGCCGCCCCAUCCUCGCUGCCCUACCUAGGAAUGAAUGUUAACAUGCCCCCUGCACCGCUGGGCUCCCUGCCCUGUCAGUCCUACUACCAGUCCCUAUCCCAUCAUGCCCAGCAGGUGUGGAACAACCCGCUGCUUCAGGCGUCUGCAGCCAGCGGACUCACCAGCCACAACAGCAAGACCACAAGCAUUGAGAACCUGCGUCUGAGGGCCAAACAGCACGCCGCCUCGCUGGGACUGGACACAAUGUCUAACUGAGAAUCAGACUGUACGGAGGACAAUGUGAACUCAACCUCAGCAUCGGCCCACACAUCGUCACAUCCCACUGCGUGUCUCUGUGACUGUGAUCGGCCUUUAGGGGCUGAACUGACCCCUACUAGAGCAGAUGGACACAGGACAUGAUGUUCCACAAUUAAACCAACAUGCACUGGACCUACAGAACUGAAACAGCUUUCAAAGACAAACCACACUUCCAUGACCUUAUCAACUCCUCUCAGCUUCUACUGCAGCUCAAGAUCCAAAGGUAUCCCACAUCCUUUGGAAAAGAAAAACCCAGAAGAUACUGAACAUUGCAUGAAUUAGAUGCAGCGGAUCAAGUGAAUGUCCCAAAUUCACAGGACAAACCAUAUUCUUGACUCAUGAUGACGCUUCCAACAGGCAGACAAGUUGGACCUUCACAACGCCUGAAAUAAUAUAAAAAAGAUAAUGUGAACAGCUGACGACGGAUGCACUCAACUUAAAAGACAAUGCAACAAUGUUUACAAGAAUAAUGUGAAUGAAUGAGGCACUUUUGGAGGAAUAAUGUUUUUUGGCCAGGAGGAAAAGAAAAAAAAGGUAUCACUCACGCAGCAAAGAGACCAUUCCUGUCAAAAGACCAUUGACUUUUCAAUUAAGAAACGUGGUUAUGUACAUAGCAUGUACUACAUAACAGCACAUACAUAAAAAUAAACCCAAGCCAUGUUGUCCUCAACAGCAUAAUUAAACGUGACUAAUUUACCAGUUUAAUGGCCAGUAAUAUGCCACUUUGCACAGAGGCUGGCUUGAUGAUGAGAAAAUGAUUUCAGUGAAUAAAUUCUCAAAGCUUUUAAUUACAUAUUGCCCUGGGCUGAGGGAGCUGGGGCAAAUGCAAUUAUGAACAUGCAUAGCAUUUAAAGCAGCCUUUAUAAAUUCAAAAGGUCUCCACGUUGCACAGUUAAAGUAGCAACGUGAUUGACAUCAAUUGGAAAACAAUUUCCAUUGAAUUCACAAUGGUAUGCUCAACAUAUUUGGACGAUUAGAUAAAUGCUGACCGGACUCGUAUUUUCUCAGCCGCUAUUCUAGCCUUAAUAUUCUCUUGAGGAAACAUGCAGCUUGACUGUUAGCACUUGAUGAGGAGAAUCCCACGCGUCCCUGAUGUUUUCUGUUCAUGUGUUCUGGCAAGUUAAGUCUUCAUAUGAAAAAAAAGCACAUUAUUUUAAUAUGUACAGUACAAAAAAGUUUAUCUAUUAAUGUUUACUGGUAGGGUAUAAUUGUAAAGUUCCUAUUAUGUUGUAUAGUGGAUAAUGGACUCAGAUAAAACUCAUUUGACUGUCAGAUUGUACGAUUGUAUCUGCUGAGCUCACCGGCAGCAGCGGCCCCUGUUCAUGCCUCCUCUCUUGGUGGUCUGUGUACAGAUCCUGGGUUGAAUUAAUAUUUUAUAGGUGUUCAGUUGUUUUUUUUCCUCUGGAGUUGACUUAAAAGAAGCAGUGGAACAAAUCUGGGUCGUUGGAAAACCGCCACCCUCUGCAGUUUGCAACCAAUCCGGAGAGAAAAAAAGCCUGAAGUCAAAGAAGGUGAAGAGAUUUCAGUGAAUAAUUGAGCCGAGUCCUCUGUGUACUGCUGUCUUGACUCUAUUUGAGUUCCCUUGUUGCCCUUAUUCUAAUGCUGUCCCCCCCCCCCCCUCCCCCCCUCGACUGUCUCUGUCAAACUACUCGGUCCAGUG